GACGUAUAUUUAGUUAUAUACGUGUAGUAUAUAGUAUGUUCAUGCGGUUAUUUGUUUCGUGACAUUCAAAGCAUUUUAAUCAUUCUGUAAUAUGGCUAAACAUCAUCCAGAUUUAAUCUUUUGUAGGAAACAACCAGGAGUCGCUAUUGGACGAUUAUGCGAAAAGUGUGACGGUAAAUGCGUGAUUUGCGAUUCCUAUGUAAGACCAUGUACUUUGGUUAGAAUUUGUGACGAAUGCAAUUACGGGUCUUACCAGGGCCGAUGCGUUAUCUGCGGUGGUCCUGGAGUUUCCGAUGCCUAUUACUGCAAAGAAUGUACGAUUCAGGAAAAGGAUAGGGACGGAUGUCCGAAGAUCGUAAAUCUCGGAAGUUCAAAGACGGAUCUGUUCUAUGAAAGAAAGAAAUAUGGUUUUAAGAGAAGAUAAAAUUAGGUUCUGAAAAAUUACUUAACUUAUAUAAGAAAUCCUUUCUUACGUUCCAAAUAAAUAAUUAUCUUGAUACUUAUAA